AUGGACAGACAAACUGAGCUGAUUUCUCUUCACUUCUCUCUUUUCAGGGAGGAAGAGGUAGAGGUAGAAACCCAGCAAGAGGAAGAAGCUCCUCCACCUGAAGUCGAAGAACCUCCCUCUACAGAUGAGCCUGCAGAAGAAGAGCCUGCAGAAGAAGAGUCUCCAGCUGCAGAUGAAGAUGACUCCAAACCCAAACCAAAGACGUUUGCCCCGCCUAUAGCUGUGCCAAAGAUACCAGAGGGAGAUAAAGUCGAUUUUGAUGACAUCCACAGGAAGCGCCAGGAGAAGGAUCUGACUGAGCUACAGUCUCUGAUCGAGGCCCAUUUCAUCCAGAGGAAGAAGGACGAGCAGGAGCUCAUCGCUCUCGUUAACAGGAUCGAGAAGCGUCGUGCUGAGAGGGCUGAACAAGUGAGGAUCCGUACUGAGCAGGAGAAGGAGAGGCAGGCUCGUGUUGCUGAAGAAAAGGAGAGAAAGGAGCUGGAGGAGGCACGGAAGAAGCAGGAUGAUGACAUCAAGAAGAAGAAGGCUCUGACAAACAUGACUCAGCAAUAUGGUGGCGUCCAACAAAGGCAAGACGGAAAGAGGGGAGCGAAGAAGCAGACGGAGAGAGAGAAGAAAAAGAAGAUCUUGGCGGACAGGAGGAAGGCUCUCAACAUCGACCAUCUCAGUGAGGACAAAGUGAAGGAGAAGGCCAAUGAGCUGUGGCAGUGGCUGAUGACUCUGGAGGCUGAGAAGUUUGACCUCAGCGAGCAACUGAAGAGACAGAAAUAUGAUAUCAAUCAGCUCCUGGCUCGCGUUCAGGCCCACCAGAGCGCCAAAGGAAGAGGCAAGGCCAAGGGCAGGGUGAGAUAGACACAACCCCGUCAGCAGGAGUACUUCGUCUGAAAAUGAGCUGCAAUAUUGACAUUAAUGUACACAUUAACAAUAAAACAGCACCUGCAACAGCUGGUAUUAGACAUAGGCAAUAAAGACUUGUUUAAGUUUGAAA